CCGGGCGCCCUACAAAGCUUUUGUAGCUGUAGCUAAACGUGGCCCCGCCCCCUAACGUCAGCCCAGCUAUCGCGGGACUGGAGGGGCCGCGAUUGGUCGGUCUGGAGAGCUUGGCCGGGAGGCCUGUGCGGGGUUUUGGGUUCCGGCGGAGAUGGCGGCGGCGGCGGUGAGUCGAGGCGUCCGGGCCAACCUGGGUCUACGGGAGAUUCGCAUCCACUUGUGCCAGCGCUCGCCUGGCAGCCAGGGCGUCAGGGACUUCAUCGAGAAGCGCUAUGUGGAGCUGAAGAAGGCGAACCCCGACCUGCCCAUCCUAAUCCGCGAGUGCUCCGAGGUGCAGCCCAAGCUCUGGGCCCGCUACGGAUGCUUCGUGUCCUGGGUAACAGCCAUGAGGAGGCGGGCCCCGUCCUACUUAGGGAACAGGAGCUGUCAUUUUUGUAAACCAGAAGAGGUUUCAGACAGGGCCAGAAGAGGUGCUGAUCAGUUCUCGUCAAUCAUUUGGCCAAGAGAAGAAUGUCUCCUUGAACAACUUCAGUGCUGAUCAGGUAACCAGAGCCCUAGAGAAUGUGCUAAGUGGCAAAGCCUGAAGCCUUCGCUGAGGAUUAAGAGCAACAGCCCCACAGCCUGGGCUCUGCUGGACUGAGUACAAUGUGGAAAAAUGUGUUCUGUUGUUUAUAAAGCUUAUGCUGUAA